GUGUGUCUUUUAAGUGUUUGGAAUGCAACCCUGCACUUUUUGGUACUCGAAGUCUGUCCGUCAGGGGGUGCUGGCUCGCGCGUCACAAUUUCACAUACAGAACUAGCAUACACACAGCACACAACAAAAGCUAGGCUAUCGAUAUACUACCCUGUGUCUCUUUCCCGUCGAGACAGCUUAGGAAAUUGGCAAUAUAGCUAGCCAGCUGUUAUUUAUCGUUUAAUAAAGAUGUCGACCACGACCGGCGGUGGAGAGUUUGGCAACCCUCUGCGGAAAUUCAAGCUCGUAUUCUUAGGCGAACAAAGUGUGGGAAAGACAUCGCUUAUCACCAGGUUUAUGUAUGACAGCUUUGACAACACCUAUCAGGCAACAAUUGGCAUAGACUUUUUAUCGAAAACGAUGUAUCUGGAAGAUCGUACGGUCCGUCUCCAGCUCUGGGACACUGCUGGACAGGAGCGUUUCCGUAGUCUCAUUCCCAGCUACAUCCGCGACUCCACCAUCGCUGUGGUGGUUUAUGACAUCACCAACCUCAAUUCAUUCCAGCAAACCUCUAAGUGGAUUGAUGAUGUCAGAACAGAGAGAGGAAGUGAUGUCAUUAUCAUGCUUGUGGGAAACAAAACAGACCUGGCUGAUAAAAGACAGAUCACCACGGAAGAGGGCGAGCAGAGAGCUAAGGAACUGAAUGUCAUGUUCAUUGAAACCAGCGCAAAGACUGGCUACAAUGUCAAACAGCUGUUUCGCCGUGUUGCCGCAGCCCUACCUGGGAUGGAUAGCACACCAGAGAAGAGCAAAGAGGACAUGAUCGAUAUCAAACUGGAGAAGCCGCCGGAGAUGGCUGUGACAGAGAGCAGCUGCUCCUGCUAGUAAACACCUAAACCCCCACCUGACCUGCCUCCCCACCAACAGCUUGUGUCUCAGUGGCCACCCUCCCCACCCAUGGCUCACUGCCAUCGGCUGCAGAACCUCUUUCGACUCAGUGAUUUUUCAGAGUAACUGUGUGGAUGUGCUAUUACUCUGUAUUUAAACAGAUCAUCUAAAGAUAAUAUUAAAGGUCAAAGGUAAAACUGUCAACACAGAAUAGGUUAAAUGCUGAAUAUGAUCAGAUUGUCAUCCAACUGCAUGGCAUUAUCUAGGAUUGCAGACUGACAACUAAAUGCUCCUGGGUUAUUGCACUUUUUGGAGCAUUAGUGCCAUCACACUUGUCAUUGUUGUAAAGUGAUAUUGUUUGAGAUUAUUUAAGUGACUAUGAAAGGUCUCGGUCCCUUUUUAGUUAUUUGGUUUUAUUUCCAAUGAGAGUCUGGAGUGGGUCAGCUACAGUAUUCUAUAUACGUGAUCAACAAAGUGUCUGUUACAGCUUCCCAUAAUUCUUUAAAUACUUCGUUGCAAAAAGAUUCUCCUCAACUUGAUGAACAUUAUUUUGAAUAAUUGUUGGCUCAAAUCUAUUAAUUUAAGCCUAAUGAGUAAGGGAUAUUUUUAAGGGCAAGAACAGCCAAAUAACUUCAUUUAGGAUUACUGUAGUUAGUCGACUGAAGAUUUCAAUGGCGGCUGGUUUGUUAAUUUGGCAGGUUGUCCAAGGGGAUGCUUCAGAAAGUACGUGUAGCCAAUCCGAUAGGAAACAAGAGUAUACAUUUUUAGAAAAGGGACAUAAUCCCAAAUUCAUUGUACUGGAAAAUACUAACUUAAAUCUACUGAUGUACACUUCAAAACUAUGGCUGCUCUGUCAGAGGAACUUUCCUCAGUCAUCUACAUGCAUACAAACAUCUUGUGUCUGAGGAGAAAAGGUGUUUAAAGUCCAUGUGUGGGGCUAUGGAGUGAGCAGGUGUCAACCCUUUCACACACUAAAUGGAAACAUGUCACUUGGCCCAUAAAAUGUCUCCUACUCACCCUCCAAUUGAUAUAUGUAUUGUCUUGUUUUCAUCACACUUGCAGGAACAGCGUGCUCAUCAUGCAGGAUUUAUAGACCGUUAAGAACACAGAUACCUUGCUUGUUUGUUCACCAACGGUGUGCACUGAAUCGAGUCCCAAUAUUGUAAAGAUCGAGAGGGCUGCUGACGGGCCUCUGGCUUCAGUAGUUGUUUUGUAGAGCAGUUUAGAUAGGAAGCGUUAGCUGUAUCUGAGGAUCAACUAACACCCUUGCUGUAAAAAAAACAAGUGCAGUGAAGAUAAUUUUUAUCGCUAUUGCCUGUGUAUGACUGUUUUUAAUUUAUUUAACACAAGCAACUGUAAAAUUGCAUUGUAUGCUUGACAAAAAUGAGAGUUGCUGGCACGCACGUGGAAGUUAGUGUUUUAUUUAUUUCUGUGUCUCUGCUUGGAUGCUGAAUUUCAAAGCAAAAGCCAGGCCUGGUUGUUUUGUCUCAAAUCACCACAGUCACACUGAUGGUGUUGACUCCCUGCAGUGUGUAUAGUCAGUGGAUUGGUUUAGGUACAGAAAAGGCUUCACUUCACCCCUGUCCUUUACCACGUACACACGGUGGCAUACACAAACCAAAUAACCACAGUCACACUGAUGGUGUUGACUCCCUGCAGUGUGUAUAGUCAGUGGAUUGGUUUAGGAACAGAAAAGGCUUCUCUUCACCCCUGUCCUUUACCACGUACACACUGAUGGUGUUGACUCCCUGCAGUGUGUAUAGUCAGUGGAUUGGUUUAGGUACAGAAAAGGCUUCACUUCACCCUGUCCUUUACCACGUACACACGGUGGCAUACACAAACCAAAUAACCACAGUCACACUGAUGGUGUUGACUCCCUGCAGUGUGUAUAGUCAGUGGAUUGGUUUAGGAACAGAAAAGGCUUCUCUUCACCCCUGUCCUUUACCACGUACACACUGAUGGUGUUGACUCCCUGCAGUGUGUAUAGUCAGUGGAUUGGUUUAGGUACAGAAAAGGCUUCACUUCACCCCUGUCCUUUACCACGUACACACGGUGGCAUACACAAACCAAAUAACCACAGUCACACUGAUGGUGUUGACUCCCUACAGUGUGUAUAGUCAGUGGAUUGGUUUAGGUACAGAAAAGGCUUCUCUUCACCCCUGUCCUUUACCACAUACACACUGAUGGUGUUGACUCCCUGCAGUGUGUAUAGUCAGUGGAUUGGUUUAGGAACAGAAAAGGCUUCUCUUCACCCCUGUCCUUUACCACGUACACACUGAUGGUGUUGACUCCCUGCAGUGUGUAUAGUCAGUGGAUUGGUUUAGGAACAGAAAAGGCUUCUCUUCACCCCUGUCCUUUACCACGUACACACGGUGGCAUACACAAACCAAAUAAUCACAGUCAAAAAUGGCCCAACCACACACCAAUAGCUGUAGAUUGUUUGAAAAUGUCAACGUUUAAACAAAUGUAGAUGAGUAUUUAAUUACAUCGAACAACCUUUAGCUUAAUAGCUAAAUCUAUUACCUGUCGCUGACUGAAUACUCAGCUCUGUGCUUUUCUGAAGUGUCUGUCCAGUUGAAAUAUGUCUACUAGUGUUUAGCAAUGUUUCUGUGAAUAAUAAUGUACUGUUAGUAUUACUCUGCUGUAAACAGAAAGGAUAGUUAAAGAACACAAGUGUAUCACAUGAAGUAAAGGUAUUUCACCAAAAUUG